GCGGUGCGGUGGAUUUGGUUACUGUGCAGCGUUGCUUGCAGGGUUGACAUCGCGAUGAGCGCGCCGUCGUAGCUUGGCAGAGGGUGGCUGCGCACAGCAUGGGCACCGGGGACUACAUCUGCGUGACCCUGCGUGGUGGCGCACCGUGGGGGUUCAGCCUAAGACAGGGAGAGGGGGAUAUUUACAGACCUUUACUCGCUUCCCAGGUGGAAGAUGGCAGUCGCGCCUACCUGGCUGGAGUCCAGGAGGAUGACGAGGUGGUGUCAAUCAACGGAGAACCCUGCGCUGAUCUCACGCUUUUACAGGCUUUAGCACUCAUCGAAACAUCUGCCAUCACCCUGCAGUUACUUCUGAAAAGAUGCAAUUUCCUCCCCUCUGGAGACAGCGACUCAGAAGGGACGUCCCUUGGUGAGAACGUCUCUUCAGAUGAGAAUUUAAAAAGCACCACCCUCCACAUCAUUUCCCCAAAGUCUGAAAUCCCAAGGGAGGUCCACAUAUCUGAUCCCCAAGGUAAGGUGCUCUAUCGGGAGCUGGACAGCGACACAGAAGCUCUCCCCAGAGGUAAAUUGUCAGAUGACUUGGGAGGCCAUGAGCUGGCUUUUACACACAACAAGGAAGUGCGACGAUGCUGUUCCACAGGAGAGUUUGUGGAGCUUCAGGUGUCCCUGUCUGAUCAAACCUUGGCGUAUGGGGGCUGCACCUCUCUCGGGAGUGCUCGAGGGAUUGAAGGGGACUUCUCAGCAAUCGACCCCGUUCACACCACCUCGUCCCACCAUGCACAAUGCCCCGUUAGAGAGCCGCUCGGUCAGCAUGGCGUGGUGGUCCGCGCUCCCACUGUGGAGGGCACUUUGCAGCCGCCAGAUGCAUCAGGAACGGGGAGGAGCACUCUUAGCGUGGGUGGCCCCACGACCACCGAAAACACUGGGUCGCAAAGUGAAGAGGAGGAAGGAGGGGGACCCAGUCAGCCUGUUCCUGCGUCUUUCACUGUCUCAUUCGAAAUUCCAUCGGACGAGGCAACUCUAGCAGAAGAGCAAGAAGACUCCGAAUCAGAAGGGGAUCAAGAAAAACCCAACAAGCAUCGGGCAAAGCACGCAAGGCUCAGACGUAACGAGAGUCUGUCAGAGAAACAGGUGAAGGAGGCCAAAUCCAAAUGUAAACGUAUAGCUCUCCUUCUGUCGGCCGCUCCUUCAAACCCCAACAAUAAGGGGGUGUUGAUGUUCAAGAAACAUCGUCAGAGGGCCAAGAAAUACACGCUUGUAAGCUACGGCACGGGAGAGGACGAACCAGACUUCAGUGACGAAGAAGACGACGUGAACGACGACGAUAAGCAAGAAAUCCCACCUGGUGAAAUUAGCUUUGAAGCUGCUAUCGAUUGUGAAUCAAACAGGCCUUUUCUUUUGAAUGUUCCAGGUAGUAAAGGUGUGCUAACUUUUAAGUUAGGGAAGAGUCUUGUUGAAAUUAACAACAACUUGAACAACCAAGCUGAGAUGGAAUGUUUGCCUGAAACCAAAGGCAAGGGUGCAGCGAUGUUUGCUCAAAGGCGUCAGAGGAUGGAUGAGAUUACGGCUGAACAUGAGGAACUCCGGCGUCAAGGACUACCCGUGGAAGCAGUGCAAGAGUUGGAGAAGAAAGUAACGGGGCAGUCCUAUAUCCAGUCCGCAACAGAGGGUCAUGGUUACUUGGAUGUGAAUAUGCACCAACAAAACCAACAGCAGUACCAGCAGUAUCAGGAGCAACAGUAUUAUGAGCAACAACAAAACUACCAACAGCAGCAACAGUAUCAACAAUAUCAGCAGCAGUAUGAGCAACAAUACAAGCAACAGCAACUCUAUCAGCAGCAGCAACAAUAUCAUCAAGAGCACCAGCAAAUGCAGCAGUAUUCUACAAAUAUCAAUGGCACAAUCCAGCAUCAAACUAAUGAAAUUCAGAGUUCUUUCAACAAUCGUACUGCAAAGCCUUUCACAACAGAAAACAUGGUGGCAACACCUUAUUCUCAUGGAGCAAGUGGGACCAGUCAAGAUUCUGUUGGCCAAGGAGAGCAGAUAGCUUCCCGUGAUGAGCGCAUUUCUACUCCUGCAAUUAGGACAGGCCUGCUGUCGGACUCUAGGAGAAAGAAUACCGGCAAGCCUAUGUUUACUUUUAAAGAAGCCCCAAAAGUAUCACCUAACCCUGCAUUGCUGAACCUUCUCAAUAGAAGUGACAAAAAAGGUUUUGAGUCUGGUCCUGAAGAAGACUAUCUUAGCCUUGGGGCGGAAGCUUGCAAUUUCCUCCAGUCCCAAAGACUUAAACCUAAGAUUCCUCCACCAGUUGCGCCAAAGCCUUUGAUCAACCCCAACUCUCCUCCUUGGUCUGCUCAGAUAGAAGCAGCCAACCAGGACAUGCCUCAGUGUGCUGAAAAUAGUCUGUCCACACCUGCUGCAGCCCCCACCACAGAAACUGCCCCUGCUCCAGAACUAGAGCCAGCUCCUGCACCUGCCCCUGAGCCCUCUACCCUUCCUUCCCCUGAGGAAACCACUGCCAAUCCCACCCCAGCCGAGCAGCAUUCAUGGACUCUCCCUGAUCCAGAGUCUCAACAGCAGCCUGCACAAGUGACAUCUCAAGAGACACAUGGCCAGGUGAUUUCUGCUCAGCAUUGUGAGUCCUCUCAAAUGGCCACCUGGGGUUCAGUACAGGUACAAGCACAUCAACAGUCAGCUGCUUGUUCAUGGCAAUCAGCCAAAGUGCAACCUCAGAACCCUCCUCCAAGUCAGUCCCCACCACAGCCACCAUGGGUAACACGUCAGUCUCCUCAAAGCCAAACGCAGAUUCAACUAAGCUCAAAUACUUGGACGCCUCAGGGGCAACCAUCCUGGACUCCGCAUGAAGAGCAAGCACAACCUCAGACAAAUGCUCAACCAUCCUGGGCCCAACCUCAAGAGCAGCUUCAGUCCCAUCCGCAGGUUCAGCCACCAUGGACACUCAUGAAGGAGAAGCAACACUUGCAGCAAAAACAGGCAUCCUGGAGUCAAGCCCAAGAACCAGUACAGACACAACCCCAGAAUCAAUGGAUGCAGGCCCCCCAUACAGAUUCUCAACAGCAGCUGCCAUGGGUUCAACAACCUCAGCAAAAACCUCAAGUACAACCACCAUGGGUUCAACAGGUUCAGCCAGAAAUACAACCACAACCCCCUUGGGUUCAACAAGUUCAACCAGAAACACAACCACAACCAUCUUGGGGACAACAGCAACAUCAUCAGGCAUUCCCUCAAGCAUGGGCAAAUGCCCAAGUUCCAGGUCAACCUCAACCACCCUGGGUCUCAACUCAACCUCAACCGCAACCUCCUGCCAAUCCAUGGGCACAAUCGCAAACACAAGCCCAAACUCAGCCACCAUGGAUGAAUGCAGCUCAAGUACAACCUCAAGCACAGGCUCAAGUUAAUCUGAAUCCAUGGGCACCAGUUCCUGCACAUACUCCAUCUCAGACAUCAUGGGCUCCACAAACUCCAGAACAUGGUGGUGAGCAACCUAUAAAUUCAUGGGCUCAGGACCAAAGUCAGGCCCAACAUCAGCCACCCUGGGUUCAAUCAGUUCCUUCACCGCCCACACCCCAGUCCAACUGGCAACAGUCCCUUUCAAAUACAUCUCAACAACCACAACCCAAUACAUGGCCAUCAGCUCAAGCCCAGCCUCCAACACCAGUUAAUGACUGGAGACCACAGCUACAGCAAUCAUCUUUGAAUGUUCCAUUGUCUACAGUAAACACCCAACCUUCUCCUAAACCAUGGCAUCCACCACAAAACCAGACUCCUCCUCCUCCACCACGACGAAUGUUCUCUUAUACUGUUGGUCAAAAAGCUGCAUCGCCAGUCAACCCAAUGGCCACCGUCUUAAAUCCUAAAUUGUCCCCGGGUCCAGCUUUUGAGAUGCCAGUGGUCAAAGGAAAAGGAGCUGACAUGUUUGCUAAGAGGCAGUCUCGCAUGGAGAAGUUUGUUGUGGACUCUGAGACUGUGGAAGCCAACAAAGCAAGUCGUUCAACAUCGCCAGCUGCAUCCUUACCAAAUGAAUGGAAGUAUACACCCAAUGUACGUGCUCCGCCUCCCAGGGCUUACAAUCCUAUUCAAUCUCCUUUUUAUCCCCCAGCAGCAACAAAACAGCCCCCUGCAAGUAGUCCUUCAAUCAAAGCAAAGAAAAAAGACCAGGAGAAACGAGCACCUGCCCCUAAACCACUGAAUGUUAUUGACGUCAUGAAGCAUCAACCAUAUAAACUAGAUUCUUCACUCUUUAUCUUUGGUACAGGAGCAGAGGCUGCUAAGCCUCCUGUACCAAAGCCCAGCUCAUCUCCUCACUCACUUCUUGACAGCCAAACAAUUAGAUAUGAGCAAAUGGCUCCAGCUCAACAAGCUGGACCAUUUACUCCUCCAUAUCCCCAACAAGGCUAUGGGAUACCCAUGCAGCCUGUAAUGCAUGAUCCCCACCAUCAGCAAGCCCAAGGUAAUGUUUAUCCUUAUCAGCCAUCUCCGGGUAGUCCAUACCAACAAGAAUAUAACCAGCAGUAUCUGCAGGCUGUUCCACCAAGUUAUUAUCCCCAAGCCCCUCAGUCUUUAAACCAACCCUACCAACAGGCUGCUUACCAGCCAGCCAGCAGCCCUCCCUAUCUGGCAACUCCCUCAGUACCUUACAAAGCACCGCCUACUAAUAACUACAUAGCCCCGAGUUUACCUGUGGCUGCUAGGCCUGAGUCUGUAACUGGUGGUGGUACUGGAGCUGCCCCCAAGCCUAAAUUUACUGCUAACAAGAGCUCAGCGCAGGUGUGGAAGCCAACAUUGGUUGAAAAAGAGUGAUUCUCAUAGGCAAAUGGCAGGUUCAUUGCCUUGUUGUGUCAAAACAGUGCACUUACAAUACACUGGCCAGUGGAAGACUUAAAGCACAUUGUAUAAACUUGUUCAAGCAGUCAAUGUCUCCGCCCUGUUGGCUUUCUGUUGUAGAACAAAGCACUUACUUCAAUUAGUUCAGUAGCACAUUUAAGACCUUUAGGUUACCCACAAGAGGGUCAACAAAGGUUGAUGUAUUUUAUGCUAAACAAAUGCAGUUUUGUGCCAAUCUAACGUGAUGAUGUUAGGAAUGUAGGGGAGUAUUUUGGUCAGAAUAGGAAGCAAGCAAGAAGGAGGGGUCAGAAGUGAAUGGUGUAUGGACUGAGAGAAAGGUUUAAGUUAGAAGUUCAGCAAUAUGAUAUUGCUGAACUUUAUAUAGUAAACUCAUAAAAGUGUUUUAAAAGAAAAUCAAAUGUAAAAAAAAAAUGGUAAAAUUAAGCCGUUGAAGGAAUGGUGCAGCGGGAGAAAGGUAUGGUUGUAUCAUCAAUAAAGUCAAGUAAUGACAUCGGCAAGCAACUUUACUUAUGUAGGUCGAGUUAAGCUGUUAGACACAAAAACUAUUUGUGAUAAUUAAAAAAAGAUUGCUUAAAAUAACUUAAAAAGAUUAUUAAUUCGGGGGUGGGGAGGUUGUGUUUCUGUAUUUUUAUUUUAUGUUUUUUUUCUUUUUUUUUUCUUUCCAUGUCUCCUUCUUAGGCAGAAUGGUGUUAUUUUAAACUCCUUACCAGCUGUUGCGUCAUGUUAGAUGCUAUAUUUAAAGUGCCUUAAGAGAAGUCCAGUUCUGAGGUCCACAUACUAUUGUAGGCUUAGAUUUCAGCUCAGGCAACUGAAAGCUACUAUCAUUCAAACUUUCACAUGUCUGCGUUGGUGCAUCUUUAUCUUUUCAACAAUAUAAUGUGGUUGCAUGAGAAUUCAUUUUCAAAAUGGAAUUAAUAAUGGUGUAAGUCUAUGAGUAAAACUGAGUUAGAUGUAUAUUUGUUACAGGGCUUCUUCUCUUGUUUUUUUUUUUUCUCUCUCUUCAUUGUGCACUUUAUGUAUGAUUCACUGCAGUGCCAUUAAACUGUCUCUUUUUCGUG